GAUUGGCUGUGGCGCCGCUCGGUCCCGCCCGCGGCAGCAGGGUUUGGUUGAGCGCUGUUUGUGCGCUCGGGGCCGCGCCGGGAGCGACCGGAGGAGAGCCGAGGGAUCGGUGCCUUCCAAGCUCUCCAGUGGGUCCGGCAGCACCGGGGCCAUGACGAGCCGUGGGGCCGCCAGGCCCAACGGGCAGUCCCAGGCCAGUAAGAUCUGCCAGUUUAAACUGGUGCUGCUGGGAGAGUCGGCCGUGGGCAAGUCCAGCCUCGUGCUGCGCUUCGUGAAGGGGCAGUUCCACGAGUACCAGGAGAGCACCAUCGGGGCGGCGUUCCUGACCCAGUCCGUGUGCCUGGACGACACGACGGUGAAGUUCGAGAUCUGGGACACGGCGGGGCAGGAGCGGUACCACAGCCUGGCCCCCAUGUACUACCGGGGCGCCCAGGCCGCCAUCGUGGUCUACGACAUCACCAACCAGGAAACGUUCGCGCGGGCGAAGACAUGGGUGAAGGAGCUGCAGAGACAAGCCAGCCCCAGCAUCGUCAUCGCCCUGGCCGGCAACAAGGCUGACCUGGCCAGCAAACGCAUGGUGGAGUAUGAGGAGGCGCAGGCGUACGCGGACGACAACAGCCUGUUGUUCAUGGAGACGUCGGCCAAGACAGCCAUGAAUGUGAACGACCUCUUCUUGGCCAUCGCCAAGAAGCUGCCAAAGAACGAGCCCCAGAGCACGAGCGGCGCCGGGGGCCGGAGCCGGGGCGUGGACCUGCACGAGCAGAGCCAGCAGAACAGGAGCCAGUGCUGUAGCAACUGAGCCAAGAUCCCACCUCCAUCCCCGUCCACGCCGCACCUCCACCCCGGCACCGAGACCCCUGAACCAGGACCCUCCCAGAGCUCCUCUAACUGCACUUUUUAAUGCUUCGAAGCCACCACU